AUGCCUCGAGUUCUCACCCUACAGCAGAUCGAAGGCGCAAAGCCUGGAAAGGUCUAUUAUCCACUUCAAGUAAAGCAAGUUCCAAAGCCAACUCCAGGCCCCAAUGAGGUCCUUGUGAACCUCUCUGCGGCGGCACUUAACCACCGUGAUCUCUUCAUGCGCCGUCAUCUUUACCCAGCCAUUUCCUUCACCAACCCAAUUCUAGCAGAUGGCUACGGCACUGUGGUCGCUCUAGGAAGCAAUGUCACUCGUAAGAACCUCCUCAACAAGCCAGUCAUCCUCACUCCCAUGCGCGGUUGGGAAUCAGACCCUGCUGCACCAGAAGAUAGCCGCAAGUUUGCAGUCACAGGUGGUUCUAAACUCACCGAGGUCGGUACUGCUCAGGACUAUAUUGUAGUGUCAGAGGAGGAAGUUGAGCCUGCGCCUGAACACCUUACACCCGCUGAGGGAGCAGCUCUGCCUCUUGUUGGUGUCACAGGCUGGCGUGCGCUUGUGACAAAGAGCAACGCUGCUUUCCCUGGCUCAAACAUUCUUAUCACAGGCAUUGGCGGCGGUGUUGCGCUCCAGGUCCUCCAGUUCGGCGUAGCAAUGGGCUGCAACGUAUUCGUUACAUCCGGCGAUCAAGCCAAGAUUUCAAAGGCCAAAGAGAUGGGCGCAAAAGGUGGAGUUAUCUACAAGAACGAGUCCUGGGACAAGGAGCUUCGAGCACAGCUACCAGCCAACAGACCGUAUCUCGAUGCUGUAAUCGACGGUGCAGGCGGUGAGAUCGUGGCCAAGACUGUGCGACUACUCAAGGCUGGCGGUGUAAUUGUGCAGUACGGCAUGACAGUGUCUCCCAAGAUGGACUGGCUGAUGGCCGCGAAUCUGCAGAAUAUCGAGCUCAAGGGUUCAACGAUGGGUUCCCGCAAGGAGUUCCAGGAUAUGGUUGCCUUUGUGAAUGAGAAGAAGAUUCGACCUGUCAUCAGCAGAACGAUCAAGGGGCUGGAUAACCUUCCAGGAAUCGAUGACCUGUUUAAAGACAUGGAUCAGGGGAAGCAGUUUGGUAAGCUGGUAAUCGAGUGGGAUUCAGGAAGCGAUUCGCCCUCCAAACUCUAG